AUGAAUUCAUCAUUUCUCUUUAUGAAAUCGUAUUCUACACAACAGUUGAGUUUAAGUUUAUAUCACUCAUCAUCAUCAUCAUCAUCAUCAUCAUCAUCAUCAUCAUCAUCAUCAUCAUCAUCAUCAUCAUCAUCAUCAUCAUCAUCAUCAUCAUCAUCAUCAUCAUCAUCAUCAUCAUCAUCAUCAUCAUCAUCAUCAUCAUCAUCAUCAUCAUCAUCAUCAUCAUCAUCAUCAUCAUCAUCAUCAUCAUCAUCAUCAUCAUCAUCAUCAUCAUCAUCAUCAUCAUCAUCAUCAUCAUCAUCAUCAUCAUCAUCAUCAUCAUCAUCAUCAUCAUCAUCAUCAUCAUCAUCAUCAUCAUCAUCAUCAUCAUCAUCAUCAUCAUCAUCAUCAUCAUCAUCAUCAUCAUCAUCAUCAUCAUCAUCAUCAUCAUCAUCAUCAUCAUCAUCAUCAUCAUCAUCAUCAUCAUCAUCAUCAUCAUCAUCAUCAUCAUCAUCAUCAUCAUCAUCAUCAUCAUCAUCAUCAUCAUCAUCAUCAUCAUCAUCAUCAUCAUCAUCAUCAUCAUCAUCAUCAUCAUCAUCAUCAUCAUCAUCAUCAUCAUCAUCAUCAUCAUCAUCAUCAUCAUCAUCAUCAUCAUCAUCAUCAUGUACCAUUUUACAAUAA